AUGAAGAACGACAACGACUUCGAUAAUUUUGAUGAGUCUCUUCCUAUACUGUCUUUAAUGUAUGAAACCGAUAUAUUAUCCCCAAAUUAUUCCCUACUUCUCGGACCAACAUCGGUAUUCAACAAGACUGACAUAUUCUUCUCAACUUCAUCCAGUAAUCAUGUUCAUCGACAUCCACUUCUCUACGGUGCAGCAAUCUAUGCACUUCUCUUGAUCAUCGUCGGAACUAUUGGUAACAUGUUAACAAUCAUUAUUCUUCUUCGAGCCAAUCUACGUCAAUAUACAACAAUGCGCUAUUUGACUGCAGUUGCAUCUGCUGAUCUCUGUUCAUUAUAUUCAUGGAAUUUGAACUUAUUUUAUAAGCAUUUAAUCAAUCCUUAUCAAAAUGAUUUAGAAGAUUCAUCCAUAUUUACAUGCCGUUUAAUAUCAUUUAUUGCAUUUGUUAGUUUACAGCUUUCAUCUUGGUAUUUAACAUUAGUUAGUGUUGAUCGUUGCCUGAAUAUACAUUUCCUCUUUUGGAAUCGACAAUUAGGUCGAGCAGAUCGUUCGACCUAUAUCAUUCUUACAAUAACCAUUAUUAUUAUUUCAUUAAAUCUUCACUUAUUAUUUCUAAAUGGUUAUCGACAACCGAACUGUACUCCAUUUGCCAAACGUACAUGUUAUGUGUGUUACGCCCGUCCGAACGAUCGACAUUACAUAUUUCCAAAAUGGGAAAAAAUUCACGUGAUUAUAUAUAACUUUAUUCCUUUCUCAAUCAUGUUAAUUUCCAAUUGUUUUAUUAUCCGUCGAUCAAUAUUAUCAACUCAUCGGCAAAGAUCCAUGUCAGCAGUUGAUUGCCGAAGAGUUUCAGUGAAAAAUACAUCAAAUCGUCAACGUAAACAGCGGCAAUUAACAUAUAUACUUUUAUCUGUCACAUUUCUAUUCGUUCUCUUGACAACACCGGUUAUGAUCUACAACGUUUUCUUACGAAACUACUUAAAGGAUCGUAAACCAUUGAAAUACAUUGUAUUAGGCAUACUCUUAUGUAUACAAUUUACCAGUCAUGCGAUAAACUUUUUUGUUUAUUGCUAUGGUGCAUCGAAAUUUCGUCACGAACUAAGUGCAUUCUUUUCAUCGCUUUUACGACGAAAAGGUCAACUUGUUAAUCAAGCAAGAGCAAGUGUUGGUUGUUAG